AUGAGUCUCCAGGAAUCAUCUUCUAAUACUCUAAAUCCAACUUCAAAUUCAAAUCCACAAUCAAAUCCAAAUCCAAAUCCAAAUUCACAACUACAACCACAACCAACUUCAUCAUCCUCUCAAAUAAAUUCUUCAACUUCUUCAACUUCUUCACCAUCAACUCACAUAACUCACGCCCCAAUUUCAGUCACAACUGCUGGAGGUUACUCCUUUCUUCUGCGCUUCAUCGACUCUCCUCAAUUCACACUCUUCCACUGCAUCUCAUACUUGGAACGUUAUGCUGAUGAAAUCGGUAUUCACUUUUAUCUCGCACAAAAACUUCGUCAUUACCCAGACGAAGAUGUUGAGUUUUUCAUCCCCCAAAUAGUCCAACUUCAUGUUACUAUCAAAACGGACUCUUUGGCUCUUGAGGAUCUCAUCAUAGAACUAUGUAGUCGUUCUACCCAUUCUGCUGUUCUUAUCUUUUGGCAAGUUCAAGCCCAUCUCACAGAACUUUCGGAUGAACCGGAAUCACAUGGCUUCAUUGUUUGCCAACGUCUCAUGGCUAAACUUCAACAUGUUCUCUUUAACGUUGGAUUACCUCCUGACGAUAAAAUAAAUGAAAAUACUCUCCCAGCACUGGUUCUGGCAGGCUCAUUAGCCACCGGGUUAGGUCUUCCGGGUGCAGUCGACUACAUCAAACCAUUAGUUGUUUCCCAAGGCAAAAAGAAGCGAUCUCUCAUCUUUCAACUAGCUCACAAAGCUGGCUCUGCAGUCUUUUCUCCAACUUCAAAUUCUUUCCGUAGAAGUGUCUCUUCUUCAUCUCCAUCCUCUCCAUCAACCUCAUCUUCCGCUCCUCCAAAUCUCACCCGUCAUACCUCCUUAAGUACCUCCCAGCUCAACCCAGGCUCAAAACCAUACUCGGCCCACUAUGACGUCAAUGCAACAUCUCCAGACCUUUCCCUUCCAGCAUACCUCAAUUACCGCCAUGACAUUUACCACAAUAAAAUCCCUACUGUCCAAUCCACUCUCGAAGGAAACUCUAACGAAUCUGAAAUCUCAAUCCUUUCCCCAUCUUACCAGGUCCAACUUCGCAAUGUCAAUGUCCUUAAAUCAAACUACUUUUACUGUGAAACUCAGUUUAUGGAUGCUCUCCACAAGAUUUCAAACAAACUCUCCCAAGUUCCGAAACAAGCUCGUCUUUCGGCUCUUCGUGUGGAAAUUGCAAUGCUAAAUAAAGAUCUUCCAGCUGAAGUAGACAUCCCCUUGCUUCUUUCCAAUACUGUUUCUUCUGCUGCAUCCACCCGUUCUUUGACAUCAUCAUCAUCAACAGCAACAACAGCAACAACUUCUUCUUACCCUCAUGAUUUCCAUCUAGGAGAUCUCCCCAAACAAAACCGUCUUAUUAGAAUUGUCCCAUCAGAAGCCGUCUUGCUUAAUUCUGCAGAAAGGGUCCCAUAUCUCCUUCUUAUUGAAUAUAUUCGCAACGAUGUCGACUUUAACCCAGCUUCGGAAAAAAACAGAGCAAUUCUUAACCAGGAGGUCAAUAGAAGACACAUCUUCGAUACCCUUUCUGUCCCUGUUCUGGGAGAUUUCCAACACUCCUUUUCGGCCCCUUCGUCUACUCGUAACUCGGAAGAUGUAAAUAUGUUUUCUACCGUUACCCCCCAAUCAAGACUUAGUAGACAACGCACACCAUCCACUUGGUCUCUGCCUUCGUCGUCGUCCUCUUCUAAGAUGUCUUCUUCAAGGGACGGCAAUAGCCGCCUGGCACGUUCCGAAAUUGUCCCCAAGGAGGAAAGCGACAUGGGUGACAUUUCCGUUAUUGAUUUAUUUGAUGAUAAUAAACGCACAAUGUCACAAUUAUCUGCUUCUCUUUCUUCCUUGGCAUCCUUAGGGUCUUCCUAUUUUAGUUAUGGCAAAAAUAAUAAUAGCAGCAACGGCCGUAACAGCAGUAGCAACAAUAACAAUGGAUUUACUGCUUCCCCCAGAUCUUCAGACUUGUCCUUUUCUCCAGCUUACAUGACACCACUACAAAACUUUCAAAAUGACGAGAUUGAUGAACUGGCGGCUCGCAUGCGUACUGCCGCCGUUAUGAUUAACCAACUUGAAUCUGCGGGAGGUGCCAAAUUAUCCAAGGAAGAGGUUGAGCGUAUCAAGAGUCGCAUCAUUUCAAGCAUGCAGAGCAUGGAAGAACACACCGUUUACCAAUCCAAUAAUAUGCUUGGAGCUGCGGGCGAACGCAAACUGGAAAAUGAUUUGAUUAUUGCCGGCAUUGAUGAUGAUUCAUCGGAUAGAGCUGGUAGCAGUGGUAGCACUUCAAGCAACAACGGUGGGCGAUUGAAAAGGCAUUCUCGUAAUUUGUCUACUGCCAGUAAUAACAAAACACCACUUUCCUUGGGAGAAGACUGGAAGGCCAAAAAGGAGCGCAUUCGUAGGGCUUCCCCAUAUGGUCAUUUUCCUGGCUGGGAUUUGUUUUCGUGUAUUGUUAAGACAGGAUCAGAUUUGCGUCAGGAAGCUUUUGCUUGUCAAUUGAUCCAAGCCAUGCAAAUGUGCUGGGAGCGCAAUAAUACUGGAGUAUGGGUGAAGCGAAUGCGCAUUCUUAUCACACACAAUUCUGCUGGUCUUGUGGAAACUAUAACCAAUGCGUUGAGUAUUCACUCUAUCAAGAAAGCCAUGUCGACCACCUUGGAGAAUUCUUCAUCUAGUGCCAAAAGUGUCAUUCCGUCAUUGAAGCACUACUUUGAAACGACAUUUGGUGCUGGUACACCUCAGUACGAGCAGGCUGUGGACAACUUUGUGCGCUCGCUUGCUGCAUACUCUGUUAUUUGCUAUCUGUUACAAAUCAAGGACAGACACAAUGGCAACAUUUUGCUUGACAACAUUGGUCACAUUGUUCACAUUGACUUUGGCUUUUUAUUGUCCAAUUCUCCUGGAAGUGUUGGGUUUGAAACAUCACCAUUCAAGUUGACUCAUGAGUAUGUUGACCUCAUGGGUGGUGCUGACUCGGAAACGUUUGUAUUAUUCAAGUCGCUUGUGCGCCAGGCAUUUAAAGACAUUCGCAAGGAAGCUGAAUCUAUCAUUAUUCUUGUGGAGAUGAUGCAGCGAGACUCGACACUACCUUGUUUUGCGUCUGGUACUGCAACAGCUCACCAGCUGCGCCAGCGUUUCCAGCUUCAAAUGUCUGAUUCUGAAGUUGAUUCAUUUGUUGAUCAUACAUUGAUUCAAAAGAGUUUUGGUAGCUUUUCUACAAGACUUUAUGACCAGUACCAGUUGUUGACUCAAGGCAUUUACAGUUGA